GCAGUGCGCAUGCCGAUUAUAUACGGCUGAAAGAAACGUGGCUUCGGCAACAUAACCACAGUGAAAAUAUUGUGUAGCUAGCUAAAUAAAACGUAACAUAUUGUUGUUUAAUUUUUUACCCUUCAUAAAAGCAUUGGACUCAUGCCAGAAACAUAGGCUCGAAAUCAUGACUACUUGGUCGGAAAAAAUGCUCCAGGUGCUUCGCCGAAUGAAUAACUUUUAUUCGCCAGGCUCCAGUCGCACUACAUGCCUUCGGUUUGAGGUGGGAGGAGAGCAAGUUGGGUGGGUGCCUUCCAAAGUGGCGUCCAUUUUGAGUAAAUUUCCAGAGGUCUUCAAUCCACCACAAGGCGGCGCUAUUACUCUGUGCCAAAAUCUUGACUCCUAUGGGAGGAGGUCAGAGGCUGUAGAUUCUGUUCUUCAGUCACUUAGGAGGGAAGGCUUAUUGACUGUCUUGAAAGGAUGGAGAGAUGAGAAGUAUGAAGUAAUGCCCAGAUUCUGCGACACUCCACUAAUGUGUAUGGAGAGAUCGGCCACAAGCCUUUUUGGUGUGAAACGGUAUGGAGUCCAUAUUAAUGGGUACUGUCAGGAUGAAAAUGGGGAACUCAGGAUGUGGGUGGGACGACGAUCCAUGACCAAGCAAACCUACCCUGGAAAACUGGACAACCUGGCAGCUGGGGGUCUAGCAGCAGGUAUCAGUGUGAAAAACACCCUGAUCAAGGAGUGUGAGGAGGAGGCCUGCAUCCCAGCAGACAUAGCAGAGACUGCCCGCCCUGUGAGCACAGUGAGCUAUACUUAUGAGGAUGAGGAGGGGGUGUUUCCAGAAAGCCAGUUUGUGUUCGACUUAGAGCUACCUCCUGAGUUCAAGCCUAGAAUAGGGGAUGGGGAGGUGCAAGAUUUCUACCUCUACUCCAUGGACAAGUUGAAGGAAGUGCUGGUCAGUGACGACUUCAAGCCCAACUGUGCCAUGGUGGUCCUAGACUUCCUCAUCAGACACUCCUACAUACAGCCUGACACAGAGCCCUAUUACCAGGAGUUUGUUGCCGGACUCCACCACACUUUGUAAAUACUUAAGUGAGAAAGAUGGAAGUUACAUGAGGGAUGGUAAGGAGAUGCACUCCUUUCUAGAUGCCUUGAUCUAUUCUGUCAAAUGUUGAAGUUCUUGUAAUGUUUUGUAACUGAGAAUUGUGAAUAAAUUCCAUUCACAUCUUG